GUUUUGUCCGUAGCCAUGAGUUUGCCCGGGGCCUAGUUGAGGUCCAGGAAGAAGUGAAGGAGGAGGGGGUGGGGCAUGUUGCCAUGAGAAACCUGUUCUCCCUGGAGACCAGCUCCAUGGAGACGAUUACCGUGGAGAAGAAGAGCAGGAAGAGGCACAUUAGAGAGUCAGCUGACCGCCUGGAGCUCAGCAAGAAGGUUGAGGAGAGAGCAGAGUUCCGUAAGAAGCAGAACAGUGACAACCUGACCCAUCCACCUGAGUUCAUAGUUCGUCCCCGAGGACAGACUGUCUGGGAGGGCAAGACUGUCAAGCUGCACUGCACCGUGUCUGGAUGGCCUAAACCACGUAUUGCAUGGUAUAAGAACAAUGUGGUGAUAGAUGAGAAGGCCCACCCUGACAAAUACACAGCAGAGAGUAACUACAACAUGCACUCUCUGGAAAUCAAGAGCUGUGACUUCCUGGACACGGCUCAGUACCGUGUGUCUGCUCUCAACAUAAAGGGGGAGAGCUCCUCCGUGGCCACCGUGGUUAUCAAGAGGUUCCAGGAGGGACAGAACGUGGGAACUGUUGAUGCUAAACCACAUGGGUUCUGCUCGGAGCACGGCGUGACCUUUGAGACAGCCAUCAUAGACUCGUUUGAGGUGGCGUUCGGCCGGGAGGGAGAGACUCUAAGUCUGGGCUGCACCGUCAUCGUCUAUCCCACCGUUAAACGCUACCAGCCUGAUGUCCUCUGGUACAGAGAUGGCAAGGCCCUGGCAGAGUCCAAGUGGGUACACACCCACUGGAGUGGAGAGAAAGCCACCCUGACACUGGUCCAUCUUAACAAGGAGGAUGAAGGACUCUACACCCUGAGAGUUAACACCAAGUCUGGCUUCGAGUCCUACUCCGCUUACGUCUUCGUCAGAGAUGAAAAGGUGGAGUUGGAAGGUGUUCCCGUUGCGCCCCUGGACGUACGUUGCCAUGACUCCAACAAGGACUACGUUGUGGUGACAUGGAAACAGCCGGCGGUGGAGGGAAGCAGCUCCAUCUUGGGAUACUUCAUUGAUAGGUGUGAGGUGGGCCACCACCACUGGGCUCAGUGUAACGACACCCCUGUGAAGUAUGCCCGUUUCCCGGUAACGGGGCUGAUUGAGGGGAGGAGCUAUACCUUCCGGGUCAGAGCCAUCAACCGGGCUGGGGUCAGCCGACCUUCUAGAGCCUCUGAUCCCGUUACCGCCAUAGACCCCCACGACAGGGCUCGCCAUCGAGCUGGUCCCUCUGCUCCCUUCACCGGAAUGAUCAAGUUCACUGAGGAAGACGCUACAGUGGGCGUGGUACCAGGUGAGCCCACCGACCUGGUGGUUACCGAGGCAACGAAGAACUACGUGGUUCUGGCCUGGUCUCCGCCCGCUCAAAGAGGUCAUGAAGGGGUUGUGUACCUCGUAGAGAAGUGUGUUGCUGGUAGUGAGUGCUGGCAGAGGGCCAACACGGGGAUGCCCGUCAAGUCUCCUCGCUUCGCGCUGUUUGAUCUGGCAGAGGGGAAGAGCUACAGCUUCAGAGUCCGCUGCUGUAACUCUGCUGGGAUGUCUGAGGCCUCCUCUGCUACUGGAGAUAUCACUGUAGGAGACAUGCUGGACCUGCCUGCGGCCCCCGGCCCAGCCGUAGCCACUAGGAACACAGAUACAUCAGUCGUUGUUUCCUGGGGGGCGUCUAAGGAUGUAAAACACCUGGUGGGAUAUUACAUCAACUAUACUGUGGUGGGCAGUGAUGUCUGGACACCCGCAAACAACAAGCCUGUUAAAGGAACCAGGUUUGUGUGCCACGGUCUGAACACAGGAGAGUCGUGUGUGUUCCGUGUGAAGGCGGUGAACGCAGCAGGGUACAGUCACAGCUCUUUGGAGUCAGAGGCCGUGGUUGUCAAGGCUGGCAUCGCCAUCCCUGGUGUCCCCAGUGGAGUCCACCUGAUGGAGGCAGCUCGUGACUACAUGGUGUUAGCCUGGAGGGAGCCGGCGGUGACCGGGGGAGCUGACAUCAGAGGAUACUUUGUGGACUACAGGACAGUAAAGGGUGGAGUUGGAGGACAGUGGCAUGAACUCAACCCCAAGGCUGUCACCUGUACUUCCUAUAAGGCAGAGAACCUGAAGGAGAACUUGUUCUACCAGUUCCAAGUGCGAGCCAUCAACAUGGCCGGGGUCAGCGAGGCCUCUCUGCCCAGCGCAGCUCUGGAAUGUAAAGAAUGGACCAUUGCUAAGCCAGGUGCUCCUCGUGAUCUCCAUGUGUUGGAGGUGCGUGACAGUUCCCUGGUGUUGCUGUGGGAACCUCCUACCUUCGAAGGCCGUACUCCUGUAUACGGCUUCUAUGUGGACAUCAAGGAGGCUGUGGCAGGGGAGGACUGGAAGGGAGUACAUGAGAAGGCCACCAAGCUGAAGUACAUGAAGGUCAAUGGUCUGAUUGCAGGCAGGUCCUAUGUGUUCAGGGUGCGUGCUCAGAACCUGGCUGGAGUGGGAAAGACUUCUGCUGUGUUAGGACCUGUUCUGGCUCUAACCAUGCCUGGUACUCAUGAGAUAAUACUGGAUGUGGAUGAUGAUGGUGUGAUCUCCAUGAUCUUUGAGUGUUCUGAGAUGGCCGAGGGGUCAGAGUUCAUCUGGUCUAAGAACUACAAGACUCUGACAGACACCUCCAGACUCACCAUCGUCACAGAGGGGGGCAAGUCCAGAGCAAUCUUUAAUGCUCCCAGUCUGGAGGACCUUGGUAUCUUCUCCUGUGAGGUUACCAACACUGUUGGAGUCUCAGCCAGCUACACUCUAACGGAGGCUGGUCUGAAGCGUCUCCUGGACAUCAGCCACGAGCACAAGUUCCCCAUCAUUCCCUUCAAGACUCAGAUGGCCAUGGAGCUCCUGGAGAAGGGUCGUGUGAGGUUCUGGACCCAGGUUGAGAAGUUCACCGCUGGCUGCCAUGUGGACUAUGUCUUUAACGAUGCGAUCGUAGAGAACGGAGAGAAAUACCAAAUGAACUUUGACAAGAACUCAGGCAUCAUUGAGAUGUUCAUGGACUCUCUCGCGGUCACAGACGAGGGAACAUUCACCUUUAACCUCGUGGACGGGAAGGCCAAGGGGUCCACCAGCCUGGUGCUGAUUGGAGAAGAGUUCAGAGAGCUCCAGAAAAAGUCUGAGUUUGAACAUGCUGAAUGGAUCAGAAGACAAGGUCCUCACUUCGUGGACUAUCUUGGUUUCCAGGUCACCCCAGAAUGCAACGUGCUGCUGAAGGCCACGAUAGGAAACAUCAGGCCAGAGACAGAGAUCAGAUGGUACAAAGACGGACUGGAGAUUGAAGAGGAUGAUGCUGAUUACAAGAAGAUCGAGAUGAAGGACGAGGUGUUGAUCUUCAACAUCGGAAAGUUGUCCAAAAAGGAUGCGGGUGUGUACGAGGUGAAGCUAAAGGAUGCCAGAGGAAAAGACAAGAGCAUGUUCAACCUGACUGAAGCAGGUUACCAAACUGUGCUAAACGAACUGUUCAGGGUGAUUGCCAACUCAUCAACUGAGAUCAGUGUGAAGAGUACAGAACAUGGUAUCGUCCUCUACUCCUUGAUCACCUAUCACAUGGAGGACCUCCAAGUCGGCUGGCUGCACAAGGAAGCAAAGAUCGCCCACUCUGACAGAGUCCAGUGUGGAGUGACCGGGGAGCAGCUGUGGCUCAAGGUGAAUGAGCCCACAGAGAAAGAUAAGGGCAAAUACACAAUAAAUAUCUGUGACGGCAAGGACGGGGUUAAGAGGUUCUGUGACCUGUCUGGACAAGCCUGGGAGGAAGCCUUCGUAGAGUUCCAGAGGCUGAAGGCUGCUGCCAUUGCAGAGAGAAACCGUGCCCGGGUUGUGGGAGGUCUGCCAGAUGUAGUCACUAUCCAGGAAGGAAAGUCUCUGAACCUGACAGGCAACGUGUGGGGUGACCCUGCACCCGAGGUCACCUGGAUGAAGAACGACAGAGAGCUGGUGUCUGACGAACGCUACGCCCUCAAGUUUGAACACGGCAAGUUCGCCAGCAUCACCAUCGCGGCGGUAACCACGACCGACUCAGGGAAGUACGCACUCCUGGUGAAGAACAAGUAUGGAACUGAGGCAGGAGAGUUCACUGUGUCCGUCUACAUCCCAGAGGAAGAGAAGAAAGAGUAGAUGGGUUGGAGGGAUGGAGUUGGAAUGGGAGGAAUAGUUAUAAUAGGCUGAAGGAUGACAGGGCGAUCUCCAAAGCUCUUUACCCCAGUGCAUGAUGGUAAACAGAGAACAGGAGAUAAAGAUUCGGUGCGUAUUCUUCCAGUGCACCAUGUCUAUACUGAUGUGUUGAAUCUAAAUGAUGAACCUGGUUUGAAUCAUGGAUUCCAUCUGUCUCUGUCAGCACUGGGAUAAACAGCUGGGAGUUUCACCCUUCAGAAGAAUAAUAGUGUCAUACUCUACAGUUGUUGUUGCUUGGUUUGUCGUCUGUGUUUGUAGAUGUAAGGAUGUUUGGUCCAACCAGGAGAUGGUUGACUUCUCUGUCUGCUGCUUUCAGCUGUUACUCUCUUACCUGCUACAACAUUACUGUGGGUUAAACUUUAGAAAUACAUUGUACUAAAAUUUGAACUCUGACUGGAGUGUUAGACAACCACAACAUAUUACAGCAGAGGUCAGAGAUCAGAGGAGACUGGAGGGUUGAGGAAGUAAAGGCCUAGCAGGCAGUAUGUGUAGGCAUCCCAAAUGGCCCCCUAUACCCCAAGGGCCCUGGUCAAGUAGUGCACUGUAUGGGAAUGGGGAGCCAUUGGGACGCCUUCUCAUUGUGUUUCUGUAUAGCCCUGUAUCUUUAGUGUGUUUAUGUGAGUCGAGCCUGAAACUGGUUCUGUCUGUCUGACACACAGCAUCAGGCCUGGACACAUAACACACACACACACACAGACACACACAGACACACACAGACACACACAGACACACACAGACACACACACACACACACACACACACACACACACACACACACACACACACACACACACACACACACACACACACACACACACAGUUUGUCCAUAGAAUCAGAUUUGUAUAGGCUGACAUGACACUAUACAAUAUACAUUGUGUUCUGACAUGACACUGUACAAUAUACAUUGUCUUCUGACAUGACACUAUACAAUAUACAUUGUGUUCUGACAUGACACUAUACACUAUGCAUUGUGUUCUGACAUGACACUAUACACUAUACAUUGUGUUCUGACAUGACACUAUACACUAUGCAUUGUGUUCUGACAUGACACUAUACAUUGUGUUCUGACAUGACACUGAAGAAAGGAAGGCAAAGUAGGAAGCUAAAGAAGGUGACAUAAUUAUGUCAAAGAUCGCUGUGAGAGCUACCUUAUAAAAGGUGUUUUGUGUUCAUUGAAAAUAAUAACCUGCUGUCCUCCUCAUGACCCUUGUCCCUGUGUUAAUAAAGGAUCUUACUCACUG